AUGCGGUACUCGAUAUUAUGGAAAGAAGGAAGCCUAAGGUGGUACACUGACGGCUCCAAAUCCGGAUCUGAAGUAGGCUGCGGAGUAUACGGCGAAACGCCUAGAAGGGCUAAAAGCCUAAAUCUAGGACGGUAUUGCUCUAUAUUCCAGGCAGAGGUAUACGCCAUCUUAGAAUGCGCGUCAAUCAACCUGCAAUGCAACUACGUCAACCAUACUAUUUACAUCCACUCGGAUAGCCAGGCGGCACUCUUAGCCCUAACUUCGGACGUCAUAACGUCCAAGCUGGUUGAGAACUGCAGGCAACUAUUAAACAACCUUGGAUCCAAAAACAAGGUUGUCUUAAGAUGGGUCCCGGGGCACGCAGGCAUCGAAGGCAACGAGAAAGCCGACGAGCUUGCACGUACGGGGGCAAAGGGUAAGCACCAUGGCCCAGAGCCUUUCUGCGGUAUCCCGAAAAGUCUUACGAAACUAACCCUAAAGACCUACUGUCAAUACAAAACUAUUCAGCUCUGGAGGAACACGCCAGGCAUGAACCAUUCCAAGGCUCUCAUCAGAGCCUACAGCAAAAAGGCAUCCUCAAAUGCCUUGGCGCUGUCAAGGAACCAACUUCGCAACCUAGUGAGGGUGCUGACAGGGCAUUGCCACCUGAACAAGCACAUGCACACUAUCGGGAAACGUGCAAACGGGCGGUGCAGAUUCUGUCUAGAGUCUGAUGAAACGCCCCUGCACAUCCUGGCAGAGUGCCCCUCUCUAAUGCGCACACGUAACAUGAUUCUGGGCAGCUACCAAUUUCUCCCAGAGGAUGUGAGGUUUCUCGAUCUCAAAAAGAUACUACAAGUCUUUGAAUUUGUAGGACUUGAUCGAGAGUUGUAG